AUGACGAGAGUUAUUGUUUAUAGUUUUGCUCUCGCGGCUUUUGUCGCUGGACUCCAUCGUAGCUAUAGUUCGCUCACAGGCCACUCUUCUCAUUUCCCUACACUGGAAGACUGUGAGGGGCCAGAUAGGGGAUUCUGUUCGAUGUGGCGAUCUGUGGGGUUCUUGAUGUCUUUCGCAGCUGUGGUAGAGAUGGUUACGUUGGUGGCGUAUGUGGUUGUCCUGCUAGGUGGCAAGCAGAAGAGAGAGACGGGCUGGAAGAUAUUGGUUUUCAUGCUGGUGUUGGUGGGUGUGGUUCAAGCGGCUAGUAUGAGUAUUGUUGCAUAUCUAUAUGACCACGAUGAACAAUUCUUUCCCGGCUGGAAGCUGGAUAAGGGAUGGAUCCUAUGCACUGUUAGUUGGUGCAUCUCGAUUGUGUCGGCUGGAUGUAUCAACCUCUCCGCAUUUGCCUUCGCCCCCGAAGAUGGCUACGAACUUAUACCAAGUGAACGCCACAUAGGAAUCUCCGGAUAA